AUGGGAGAAGAGCAGGUGCUCUCGCCAUAUGACCCGUCCGAUGACCUCGCGCUCGACACCAGUGCUGAUUCCAACCACACACUGCAAUACGGUGAAUGCUACAAGGUCCAGGCUGAUGGGAAUUGGUUGGGGUCUGACUCCAAUCCUUGGAACUACUACCUCUUUGGAGGUUAUUCGAACUCCAGAACGUUCCAAGUGUGUCGACUUAUGAGCUCUUGUCAGCGCCAGAAUACACAGGACCAGGAGGUGCGCCACCGAGGGCACUUAUACCUGUGGGACUUCCGUGGAAAUCACUAUUCACGAAACGGAGAAUUCGUCGCCAACAACAAUCGCGGCUACUUCUACCCGGCGGGCCUUUCAGCCAGAAACUAUGCGUAUUUUGAGGCUCACAUGGAAGACUGUGACGACAUUACGCACUCCAAGGAUACCUGCUAUAUUAACUUAGUCCUGGUCGGGCAGGCAUCUAAUAAUAAUGGGAUAGAAAUCAGGUCCAACAACUAUCUUGCCAACGCAUACAAUGUCCAGUUCCGUCGGGUCAAGUGUCUACUUGAUUAG